GCCUUCGUCCUGAUUGUGAUGAAGGACGCACUAACGGACGCCAACUUCCCUCGUACUGCCGAUGGGCGUGUCUACCACCUAGGCGUCCGCCCAGGCGAGGUCGCGAACCGCAUCGUCACUGUGGGCUCGCCCUCGCGCGCGCAUACCUUAGCGUCGCUGUUAGAUGCGUCGCCAAAGCCCUUCACGCUCGCUUCUGAGCGUGGCUUCCUGACCAUCACUGGGCGCUACAAGGGCGUCCCAAUCUCUAUCAUGAGCAUCGGUAUGGGCUCGCCCAACCUCGAUUUCUUUGUUCGCGAGUCGCGCGAAUGCGUCGUUGGCGACAUGGCGAUCGUGCGGCUCGGAUCCUGCGGCGGCCUCCUCGAUGUCCAGCCGGGAACCGUUGUCGUACCGCGCGCGUGCGUGAACGUGUGGCGCAACGUCGACUUCGAUUUCCUGAACUGCGAGGAAGAGAACCCGAAAGAUGCGUAUAUGGUCAGCAAGCCGGCAAGCGCUGACCAGGAAUUGCAUGACAUCGUUCAAGCGGCUCUGGAGGCGGCAAAGCCUGCUGAUUGGCCCGCUCCAAUUCUUGGCGGCACUGUCAAUGCGUCGGCGGACAGCUUCUACUCCUCGCAAGGUCGUCAGACAUCAUUCCCAGAUCACAACUCCGGUCUCAUCGAACGGCUGCUACGCGAAGUCGAAGGUCUGGCGACGCUCGAGAUGGAGACCUUCCAUUUGUAUCACCUCGCCCGCUGCUGGGGCCGCAAGCGCACGACCGCCUCAAGCGGAGCGCCGCCGCUGGCCACCGGUCCCGUGGAGCCCAGCAUAUCGGAGGGGAAGGCGGCGUCGCAGUCUACUGACAAAGACACCGGAGUCGCCGCCCGCGUCGCUGCGCCGGACACGACGAUCCGGGCUGCGGGUGCUCAAAUUAUCUUUGCGGCACGCCAGUCGCGCGGUUUCAUCACGCCUGAGCAGGUGGGACAAGUUGAGCGGUGGGCCGGCCAAGGUGUAUUGGAUGCGCUGGCAAGUGUAAACAUUGAGAAAAUACACCCUGAGCAAGACAGCGUUUGGGCUCUGUAGAUAGAAUCGAAUGUAGCAUUAUUUGCAAAGAUAGAGUCUCCUUUUAUCAUGUUGGCACAUAAAGCUCGACUUUGAGUGUCAUAUGCGGUCA